AUGUCUACUCGACCAACUUUUUCCCGUGAAACCGAUGAUUUUGGACCUUCUGAACUUGGAACAAAGGAAUAUUGGGAGUCGCGCUAUGAUCAAGAAAAUAAAAAUUUUGAAGAUAUUGGUGAUAUUGGGGAAAUUUGGUUUGGUGAAAAUAGUGUUGAAAAAAUGGUAGAUUGGGUCCUAUCCAAAUCCUUAUCAAAAUCCUCUACAAUUCUUGAUAUUGGUUGUGGUAACGGCCACCUUCUGAUCGAACUAGCGAGUCAUAAUUUUACAAAUCUAUUUGGAAUUGAUUAUUCAUCAAAUGCAAUAAGAUUGGCAAAUGAAAUUGCAAAAAGGCGUGGAUUUGAUAACGUAAUUUCAUAUCAUGACAUAGAUUUAUUUAAUGAAAACGACGUAUUACGAAUUGUUAAUGAUAAUAGUGAUAGUUUAUAUAACGUACAAAAGUUCGAUUUUAUAUUAGACAAAGGUACAUUUGAUGCAAUAAGUCUUUCUUCACAACGAACGUCUACAAAUCAGCUUUUGCGUGACAUUUAUUCUACCAAGAUCCUUUCAUUGCUUAAUCCAAAUGGUUAUUUUUUGAUUACAAGUUGUAAUUUUACCAAAGAUGAGUUAAUAGAAAAGUUUAAUGGUGAAUUUGAUUAUUUUGAACAUAUUAAACAUUCAACUUUCACAUUCGGUGGAGUGACUGGACAAACUAUAUCAACA